AUGGGAACAAAUGUACGCCUUUUGGGGUCAGCCGAGUUCGGUGCUACAGCUGUAAUUGGAGAUGAUUCAUCUUGCCAUCUUACAAUAACAAGCGGUUUUUCGUCGUCAUCAGCUGCGCAUAUGCUGGGAGAAUUUUCAAAACUUACGUCGUUGAAUCAUCCCCAUCUCUGCAAAUACGUCGAGUUUGUUCGAUCAACAGUUCUUUGGAAUGCAGGUUUCGUGAUUUCGGAGCAUUAUUCACGAUCAGCCGUUGAAGAAUUGAAAGAGUGUAAAAAGUUGGAAGUAGCGCGAAUCAUAUCGUUAUUGCAACCGGUCUUGUCAGCUUUCACGUAUUUGCAUUCUCGAUAUAUCACUUUUGGAUGCUUCAGCUUAAAUUCAGUCCUCCUUUCAUCUCAGAAUUUAGUUCGACUAGCUCAGUAUGGUUUGCACUGUAUCAGUGGUAGUAGAAGAGAUUUAGAGUAUUACACAUAUUCUUCUUGGUACCUUCCUCCAGAACGUUUCUUGCAAGCCGAAAUCAAAAACGAUUUCAUUUGUCGAGCUGGAGAUAUCUGGUCAUUUGGAAUUGCUGUACUUGAGCUUUCAAUCGGGUGUCUUCUGUCCGAAAUUUGGUCUCCAAAACAGUUUUAUUCUACACUGAGUGUUUUAAUCAGAAAUAAAGAACGGAAUGGCUCCAUUUUCUCGUUAUUGUUAGCUAAAAUUCAACAGAAGAAACCAAAUAUUCAUAUUACGUCAAAUAUCACAAUUAUGAUAAUACUUGAGAAAGCCCUAUGUGUUCUUCCGUCACAACGACCUACUGCCAAGGCGUUACUUUCUAUAAUCAGCAGUGAAAAUAACAGCUACUCAAACGUAAACAAGGAUUAUAGCUUUUAUGGUAGUGAAAGCGAUGAAGACAGUCUGAGGGAAAGUGUUGAACAUAUGAGGGAGUCCUUGGAAGGAGAAGAAACAGAAAUAACUCGAAAUUUACCAGUUCACGAAGCCUUUUUUUUAUGGAAAUUAUGUGGAAGUAGCAUUGAAACUAUUCUUAUUAACCAUGAUAUUAUUAAAGCAAAUCCACCUGUUAUCGCUUUACCAUAUUUAGUUAAUGGAGAUUGCUUCAUGUAUGGUAAUACUCAUAUAAGGAAGUAUGAGUUCACUCCUGAUAUUUUUAUCCUUCCGUCAAACAAUUUUCGCAACCGGAUGAAGUUUCUUAACGAAAGCAAAUUUCUCAUUUCAUUUGAAAUGGAAGAAAAAACGCGAGAGAUCUAUGAUUUAUCGCUAAUGGUGAAAGAAAAAGACAUUGAAUACCAGGGUCGACGGAUGCUUAUUCUUCGUCGUUUGCUUUCAAGCUUUCCCUUCAAAAAAUCACUUCUAUUUUGUGAAUGUUGUCAUGACAUUCCUCCUCUUUAUAGAGCUUAUCUAUGGAGUGCACUGCUGAAUAUAUAUUGGGAUGUUGAGAAACGUUUCAUAGCUAUUGAUACGUUUUCUCCCCAUUCUUCUGACCGCCAGUUAUUGGUCGAUAUUCCUCGGUGUCACCAGUAUGAUGACUUGAUGGCAUCAUCUAUUGCGCAUCGCAAGCUGAAACGUCUUUUGAAGACAUGGCUUCUUUUACAUGAAAAUUAUGUUUAUUGGCAAGGUUUGGAUUCUCUAGCGGCACCAUUUCUUGUUCUCAACUUCACUUGUUUGGCUAGAGCAUAUUCCUGUCUGGAAUCGUUCAUCAGCCUAUAUUUGCAUGACUUUUUUCUGCGAGACAACUCAUCUGUCGUACAAGAAUAUCUGGCAGUUUUUUUUCAUCUUUUGGCAUUCAUGGAUGCUGCUUUAUACACACAUCUUUCCGCAAUGGAUUUCCGUCCUGAGUUAUUUGCUAUUCCAUGGUUCCUCACCUGUUUCGCCCAUAUAUUACCCUUGCACAAGUUGUUCUAUGUCUGGGACGUUUUAUUAUUAUCGGAUUCGUCUUUCCCAUUAUUUGUUGGACUUGCAAUAAUGGAGCAGUUACGAGCUGGACUUAUUACCAAACAUUUUAAUGAUGCAAUUUUACUUUUUUCAGAUCUUCCAGAUCUAAAUAUGGAACGUUUGGUGCAAUAUUCACUGAAUUACUACAAUGCUGUACCAGCAUCAUGCACCUUCAGACAGUUUGCAUCUAAGCAUGUACGAGAGGAGUAUGCAAUGACGCAUUAUACUGUAGCUGAACUGAACGAAUUUUGUUGUCCACGGAUAUCAAUUACCGAUCUCAUUCGUCUCACUGAACAUUCCUCACUACUUGUUGUCGAUGUCCGUCCGCAAUAUGAGUAUUCUCGUGGUGCCAUUGUGGGCAGUGUGAAUUUGCCUCCCUUUGGUGAGGAGGAUACGUUGGAUACCAUUAAAACAGCGUUAAUAAAUGCUCAGUCGGCAGAACAUGUCGUCGUUAUCGUUGAUAAUGAACAUUUACAGAGAGCUAAAAAGAUAUCAAAGUUAUGCGUGCUGGAAGGAUACAAUCGUGUGUGUGUUUUGGAUGGUGGUGUCCAGAAAGUCCGCUCUAUGCACGAUAUCUUUUGCAUGCCUGCUUGA